AUGCAUAGUGAUAUAGUGACUCCCAGUCAAGGUGGCGGCAUAGGUCACACACUCAAGUCCUCUUCAACACAUGUUGCCUCCUAUCUCCUGGCUGCCCUUGGGGGCAAUUCCUCCCCCAGAGCCAAGGACAUCAAGAAGAUCCUGAACAGCAUGGGCAUCACGGUGGAUAUCAACUGGAUCAACAAGGUCAUCAGUGAGCUGAACAGAGAGAACAUCGAAGGCAUCAUUGCCCAGGGUACUGGCAAGCUGGCCAGCGUCCAGGCUGGUAUGGCUGUAGCUGUCUCUGCCAUCCCAGGGUCUCCAGCUCCUGCUGCUGGUUCUGCCCUAGCAGCAGCAGAGGAGAAUGACGAGAAGAAGGAGUCAGAGGAGUCACAUGACAACAUGGGCUUUGGCUUGUUUGAUUAG